CUGCGCUUCUGUCUCGGCGGCGCCGGAGCGGGGAUGAGCGCGGCGCGCGGGGCGCCUCCGCGGGGACUCGGCGGGAUGGAGCGGCGGCUGCCGGGGGCGCUGCUGGGACUGGCCGCGCUGCUGGGUCUGUGUUCUGGAGUAUUGGAAGUCCAUGUGGCACAGACCUCGGUGGUUUCCAUCAAAGGGCAGCAGGCCAUCCUGCCACUCUGGUAUACAUCUAUCUCUAACAGCAGGCCUUUUGUCUCCUGCCUUCUUGAAAGACGUGACCCAACAAAGCAUUUACAGGUACUGACGUACAUAGAUGGAAAGUCGAAAGUGGAUGAGAGUUAUUUCAAGCAUCGUGUGGGCUUCCUGUACCCCAUGCCUUCAUCAAAUAUCUCCAUUGCAAUUAAUAAUACUCAAGAAGAUGACUCUGGGCAAUAUAUGUGCACAGUCAACCUUGGGGAUGAAAGCUCAACAGAUGGGAGGAACAUCGGACUUGUCAACCUUACUGUUCUGGUCCCGCCGUCCUCACCUACAUGUAAAAUCCAGGGAACUCCCCAUGUUGGAGGGAAUGUUACCAUGAGCUGCAAGUCAUCAUCUGGCAAGCCCAGUCCGAUGUACCACUGGAGACGCACCAACCCCACUUUUCAGGUCUUCUUUUCACCCAUGCAAGACCUCUCGAAGGGGACGCUGACGCUGAUGAACCUCACCACAGACAUGUCCGGAACAUACAUCUGCAAUGCCUCCAACUUGGCUGGCUAUUCCAAUUGCACCAUCACUCUGGAGGUGAAUCCAGCUUUCAAUGCAGCGGUGGUGGCUGGUGCAGUCGUGGGAGCCCUCAUUGGACUCGGCCUGAUCCUCUUGUUUGCUCUCCAGAUGUUCGUCUACAGAAGGAAGAAGAAGGAUGUACAGGAGGAAAUAGCCAAUGAGAUCAAGGAAGAUGCUGUCGCUCCCAAGACGCUUUCCUGGGCUAAAAGUCCCGGUUCGGACAUUGUCUCCAAAAAUGGCACUUUGUCCUCAAUGAGCACCACUCAGGACCACAAACUGUAUGCCUCCAAGCCUCCUUCGGACACGGCCUCGGUCACCACCACCACUGGAAGCAUGAUGGGCUACAAGCCACCUUACACCAACCCUCGAGGCGGAACGCUCACCCCCACCCCCAGCCUCUCCAGCCAAUCCUUGCCUCUCUACUUCCCGCCGACUGUCAACGGGAUCCACUGCCACCAUGCCAACGUGCCAGUCCAUAGGAAUGCUCAGCACAGGACAAACGGGGCUCAGCCCCAGGAAAUAUUGAGCUAUAAACCUCCCCCCAGGGCUCACAUCCUCUACCCUGACCCGCAUGGGGGGCGGUGCCCGUCAUGGUGCCUGCCCAGAGCCAAGCAGGAUCCUUGGUGUAAAGACUCAAUGGCUCGUGUGGCCCUCCUACACAGCAAGCAGCUGUACCAGUCCCUGAAAAUGCUCAGCCAGUGCCUGCUUGCCUGCCUGCCUCUGGAACUCCUGCGUGCAUUUGGGUGUGCCUGUCCUGCAGAGAGCAAGUGUGCAAGCAAUUUCACAAGUGGGACUUGGAUAAGGGUUCCUGCGAUGGGUUUCUUGCAAGAAGCUUUGGAAACCUCUUCUGUGUUACUUUUCUAAACACACUCCACUUCUCAAUUCAAAUCCCAGGCACUUGGGAGCCAUCAAAUCAAAGACUCUGUUGAACUGAAAGAGCUUCAUGAUGUCAUUUUUUCUCUUUUUAUUGUGAUGCAAAAGCUAGGCAGGAAUUGGCUGUCAUGGUUUGGCAGGAAGGGCUGGGAAUAGAUCCUGAACGUGGCUGCUUUUUCCCUGAACUUGCCGAGGAAUGGAAGGGUUCCAGAUGUUCAGAGGGAAGGGACAAAGGGCAGAGCUUGACUACACACUGCAAAUUAAGAAAGCAAGUUUCUAGUCCAUGUGACUUCAAAGUUUAAUCUCCCAAGUCAGCAUGGAGAUCAGAAGGAUUCUGUCCGUUAGAAAUGGGACUUCAGUGUCAGCUCACUGACCCUUCUCAUAACUGGUAGAAUGAAUUGCACACAUGCAGGAAAUAAAUUUCCUUCCUAAUGCAUGAUGCUGGCAGCUGUUCUUCAAUUUUGGUUUCCUUGGCACAAGAUAAACACAGCCAUGAAUGAGAAAGUAUUUGUAGCCCAACUUCUGUUACGAAAUGUGAACUGUUCGGGAUGGGGUUGGGGAGGAAACUGUCUUUGUGUCUCCGGGUGCUGCAUACCUGGAGACCCUUGUUGGUGAUGCCUGUGUAGUUUGAUGCACCGUUCUUUGUUUGUGCAUCAGGCAGUAAUGGAUGAAUCCUGUAAAACCAAAUAUGGGUGAAUAUCUUGAAUUUUCACAAAGGGGUGUUGCAGAGAGGACUCUGGGAAUAACUAUUAAUCUGUGCUUAAUAGUUAAUCCGGAUCACAGAAUUAUGGAGUUGGAAGAGACCACAAGGGCCAUCAAGUCCAACCCCCUGCCAUGCAGGAACACACAAUCAAAGCACUCCUGACAAAUGUUCAUCCAGCCUCUGUUUAAAAACCUUCAAAGAAGGAGACUCCACAACUCUCUGAAGCAGUGAAUUCCACUGUCGAACAACCCUGACAGUCACGAAGUUCUUCCUAAUGUUUAGGUGGAAUCUCUUUUCCUGCAACAUAAAUCCAACAUAUCAAUGUUGUAGGAUUUGUAUGUGCUAGGAAAGCCUGUCCUUUCAAUGGGGCCAUGUUUAAAAAGCUGCUGAUCAUGUGUGGCCUGACCGCAUGGCCAGUCCUCAUGUUGGGACCACGUGGGCCUCAUUCCCAUGCUGAAAGGUUGGUGUGCUUAAUUCUUUGUUAUGCAUGGAAGCCCACCUUUGGAAGCCUGCAACUGGGUGAUUUAGUUAUGCUGACAAAGGGUUUCUGGCCAGCAGAUAAAAUGUUGCUGUCUUUCUUUGUGCUGUCUCUCUUCCAUUCAAGCAGCAGCUGUUCAGGACCAACUGGAGAAUGAAUCCUCUUACCUUACAUCACUUCCUGUUUGGUGUAGCUGCAUCGUAAUGCAGAAGGAGCAUACAGUGUCAACAUGGUUCUUUUUUCAUAGACCAUGUGACAAUGUAUGUUUUGGUCUGUUCGAUCUCGAGUCUCACCUCAGCCAGAAAUUGGCGGGGUAUAAAUCUAGUAAAAUCAUAAGUUAUCAAAUCCAAUAUCCAGGUCAUCUAUUAAAUGGGUCCCACCUAGAUGUCAGCCUGGGAAAGCUAUUAAGCAUAUCCAAAGAAUGUUGACAUUUGUGUCCAAAAAAUUCAUCAUUGUGCAAAAAUUUGGACCUACAUUUUUCUACUGCCUAGUCUUGAAGUCUACGCCUUGUUAUCCAGGAAAUUGAUCUGGGCUUGCUGGCAAUUGCAUUUAAGCUCCCAAAUAUUGUGAUUUUUUAAAAAAAUUGCAAUUGAUAAGUCUUUGUUUUUAAUGCUGUUUUAAUAUGAUUUGCAAACGCUGUGUGCUACAGAGAGAUACUGGAAAAAUGCACACAGGGUAGUUCAUUAUUAUCCUGACUUGCUGUAAGUAAUAUCUGAAUAUACUGCCCCCUACAAUAAAUACCUUUUGGUCUCUAGACUUUUCCCAGCUUUCCAAAAUUCACAGUGACCUAUAUGCUAUGGAUUGUUGUUGAACGCUUAGGUCCCUGUUCUGUAAGAUCAUUUUAUGUUGUGUGUCUUCUUCCCCCCCGUGAUUGCCACUGGAACUGCAUCCAGGGUCCUGCAGGAUUCUGUCUUUGGGAACUACGUACAUUUUUCAUAAUGAGAUGGCUGUCAGUCAGCUUGUGCAAGCAACCUGUAUGUAACAUUACUGAGUAACCUUUCAUCAAAAUAUCCUGAUUGUUAAGGACGCCUUCAGCAAUUUAAUAUGUAUUGUGCAAUUAUAACAUUCGUCUAUUCAAUGGACACCUCCAAUCUUUUCUUCUUUUUAUAUACAUGUAUAUAUAUAUAGUCCAUAAUUUAUACUUAUAGAUAUUAACAAAUCUGUGAAUCUGGACUACUGUCUUUUAACCAUUUUCAUGCUAAUUUUUUUUAAAACAAUGGCAACAAUCCCCUUCUGUUGCGUGAGAAGGUAGGAAGACACUGAAAUAUUUUUAUGUACAGUUUCAAAAUGUAUUUUUCAUAAACUAUCAUUAAAAGUAUUUGUUUUUAUAUGAAA